UCAUAAUCUUUUUUUGGGACCUGCCACAGGUCCCAAACAAUUUUCAUUCUCUUUGUAGGUGACGUCAGGAGAUUCAGGACUGGGAAUUUCCACGACAACAGCUUUAUGUGUUGAACCAUAGGCCUAUUCAAGAAACGGCUUAACGUACGCAGGUUUGAAAUAUAUGGCUUCCAGCAGUAGGUCGACUGAGUUUCACCACUUGGUUGAAAAUUUGGAAGAAAAUGUAUUGGAAUGUCCACUUUGUCUGAACAGGCUUAAGGAUCCAAAGGCACUUCCCUGCCAACAUGCAUUUUGUUUCCUGUGUCUUCAAGACUGGGUCAACAAGAAGGGAGUAUCGAUCUGUCCAACCUGUUUACAAUCCUUUCACAUUCCCGAUGGUGGACUCCAUAAACUGCCUCCAAACAUAUUCAUCAACAAUCUAUUGGAAACGAUUGAUCAGCUGGAGGACCCGAAGCCAAUCUGCCGUGUUCACAAAAAAUCUCUAGAAUUUUACUGCAAAACUUGUAAAAUUCCUGUCUGUGUAUCCUGCAAAACGACAGAUCACAAUGAAAGUAAUAAAGAACACCAACUUAUCUCAAUAUUGCAGGCUUUUACUGAAUUAAAAAACCAGGCUCUUAAACUUGAAAAGGAUGUUAAAAAACAAACUCAAGUAAUAAAAACAGCUCGUAAAAUGAUUCUUUAUAAAGCUACAAUACUUGAUCAAAAUAGAAAAGCAUGUAAGGAAGACAUAACAAAUUUUGUACAAGAUAUGGUUGAAACGAUUACCGACAAUGGUGAAGAGCUGAUAAACCAUGUAGAUGAAAUAUACGAAAAGAAGAAAAACAGAGCUGAUAGACAAAUUACUGGACUUGACACCAUCACUUUGGAUAUCGACAGAACAUGGAGCACCAUUGACAAACUGCUGAAGGCCAAUAAAGCAACAGCUAUGCAAUCAGGUCCUGAGGCAAUUGCAUCCCUACAAAAAACAAUCCAGCAAUUACCAGACACCGAACCAAAGGAUGACGGAGAAAUGCAUGUGUACCUUCGCAAACACUAUCACACAGAGAGAAUGGAACAAAGAGGAUUAGGUUCCAUUGUUGAGACUAGGCAAGCAAAAUGUCUUGAAAUAACAAAUGCACCCAGAGUUUUAACACAAGGACAAACAUUUGAUGUUGAAAUUCUCAAUUCCCUAUCUGAGAUACAGGUAGAGGAUGAUUUACUGAAAGCAACACUGACAUCUUUUGGACAAGAAACAGAAUUGAAGACUGUCAGAAAUGAUGAAGGGAAUUAUAUGGUGAGUGGAGUUUGUAGAAAUGGUGGUGUUUGGAAUUUAAAUGUCAGUUUGAGUGGUGAACCAAUUAAAGGAUCUCCUGUUAAAAUCUCAAUAGAGGAGCAAGGUCUAGUGAAGACAAUCAAAAGUGAUAAAAUUGUCCAUGAUGUAGCGAUAUCUGAAGAAGGUAUCAUAGUUGCAGGUAGGACCAAUGAAAUUUUAAAGUUCAAACAAUCAGGAGAGUAUGUCGGGACGCUCACACUACCAUCAACUUGUGAUGUCUCUUGGAUAUACAAAAUGAGGAAUAAUGAUGCCAUAAUAUACUGUGAUGGUAAAAAUAAAAACAUUGGUUUCUGUACAGUAGAUGGUGAAAACAUUGUGACCAAAAUAAUUGGUGGGGGAGUAUUAAAAGAUCCCUCAGGCAUUGAUGUGGAUGAAAAUUCCAAUGAAGUGUAUGUUGCAGACAGGGAUGAGCACUGCGUGUUAACAUUUGAUAUACACAGUGGUCAGGUGAUCAGAAGAAUAGGAUCACAUGGUCAAGAGAUUGGCCAACUGCAUAACCCAGGAAACGUCAAUGUAACAAAAGAUGGAAAUCUCAUUAUUGUAGAUAUUCACAGAAUCCAGUUGUUUGAUUGUAGAGGCAGAUUUUUGAAGGUUCUUGUAGAUACAGGUGAUUAUGAUGGUAAGGUGACUUAUCCAAAAGCAGUUGCAGUAGAUAAGGACGGCAACAUAAUUGUGACAAGUUUUAACAAACUACAGUUAUUUAACAGUGACGGCAAAUUCAUCAGAAGGAUAGAUAAAGUAGAUGAACUCUUUAUACCCAAAGGUUUAGCAAUUGUUUCGGAAAAUCCAAGGAGAGUCGCAGUAGCGAAUCAAUUAGGCAAGACUGUCAACAUAUAUAAUUAUUAGAAGUACUUUAUAUAAUUACCUAAACAAAAAAUAUCAAAUACUUCCAUCUAUUUCUAGGAUAUAUGAGUGGAAUACAGUGGCAUACCUAGUAGUCUUGAAAUGGUGGGGAGGGGGGGCUGAUGGGGGGACUCGAAGAUGGAGUGGCUCAAUGAAUUAAGUAUGGGUGUAUGUUGUUUUAAUGGACACUGAAUAAGCUGUCAAUAAUGAAGCUUCCGCUAAGCCCCACCCCUUGAAUAUUGGUUCCAAGGCCACAGAAAGUGUUAACGUAUGUAAACUUGCGGUGUUUGUGGGACAACAUGUGUUUCUUGCCCUGUUCUGAUGGUUCGGUUAGUAAGUUUGACACUCCAGAGAGUAUUUGUGUUCACUGUGAAUUUAUGUAGACCAGCAGCUGAUAUUGUGAGUGUCUAGAGCUGCACUGCUAAAUGGGCUUAGAGUUGCUGUACAAAUUGCACAGUUUACACAGUAAAGUAACAGUAUAAUUAAUACAGUACAUUAUUUGCUUAAAAGGUUUUGUGCUGUGCUGCUUAAUUUAAAAAUUCUGGCACAACCUACAUCUUCCUAUGACUGUCUGAGCAGGUCAUUUGUAUACAGUAUGAUGAUUUAUUAAAUCCUAUGCUUUUUCCUGUAAUUUUACUGUUAUGUGUGCAUACUGUAUAUAUUUUACAUUUUUUUUUAUAAAUAAAAGGCAAAGUAAAGUUGCUUUCGAACUUUUGUGUUCAGGGCUGUAGUCAGGAUGGGGGGGGGGGGGUUGCACUUGUAUCAAAGCUAUGGCAUUGUAGGGGUUCCAAUAUAUAUCAGUUGGUUAAAAUGUUUUUACAGAAAAUAAUACAGUUUUUAUAAACUACAUUUUCUUUAAAAUGUGGACAUUUUUUGAUUUGUGGAUUGCUUACACAUCCAUCACACCCACUGAAUAGUGGCCUGGUGUUAUCCUUGUUACAAUGUACUGUAUCCAUUAUUUCCAUCAUAAUGUACUAUAUCCCAUAAUCUGUAAUCUGUGUUUUUUUUUGUAUACAGUAUUUGUAUCAAUACAAAAUCAUCAUUUCAGCCAAGAUUAAUGGUAUAACAACUUUUUAUUCACAGUAAUGUUGCAAAUCACAUCUUGAGGAGCUGUUUUUAUAAAGUACAGAAUGCCAACGGUCCUGCUUUUGGUAGGAUUGUAAGAUUUUCAGCAUCUGUGAUGAUGGCCAUUUCCAGACAAACUGUACAAAGACACACUUUGAGAGAAUUUGCUGAUGUUCUUGAAUUGACAGUGGAAUACAAAAAGAAUAACAAGUUCCAUACAACAUUCAUUUAUUAUUGCACACAGUUCACAUUACUGAUGUUAAGUUAGCAAGCACAAUGCUAACAGAAAAAAAAAACAUAUCACAAAAACACUACCUAAGGUUGCCUUUGAAGUAUUGUAUUUUACUGAAAAAAUAACAGCUAAAAACAGAAUCAAUGGGAUGUUUACAAGUAACUUCAGAGAGAUCUUGAGAUUAUCCUAUAGUUGCUAUAGAGGGCAGCAAACACCUUUAUACAUUUAUUGAGAAGUGUAGGAUAUCAUUAUCUUGAUGAUAAUACCAAUAAUAAUAAUAUGCAUUACACUGACUGGGUUCUGACAGUGGCUACUGGGUUUGUAUGUAAUAGGCAAUUAAGUACAGUACUAAUAAUCUUGCAAAGACAAAAAGUCUCAGGGGGUCACACACACAAGAACUACAAAGACUGGCACUGAGAAAAAUAUGAGGGAUUGCUCCUUAAUAAAUAUCUUUAAAUACAUUAAGUUGCAUUAUAUGGAAGAAUGUUUUUUUUUUCAUGUUGUGCACAAUUUGGAGUUCUUUUGCUCGUAAAUUAAAUUUUACAGAGCAUUAAUAUGAAUAAAUAAUGAACAAAAAUAUGAAUAUAUAAUUUUCCAAAAAAAAAAAAAA